CCUAUAUUUCGAAGGCCCAUUGGACAAUCGGAGCUUCAAAGUGAAGUGCCUUCUGCCCCUCUCCGAGCGAGGAGCGUCCACUCCUGGCAGUCCAACCCACGGCCGCUGGGGAAAUCUACGGUAAGUAGAGGACGAGCUCCACCAGCGGCGGGCGGCGGCGGCGGCAGCGGCAGCGGCGGUGGUGAUGGGGGCCUCCGCUUCAGUGCUUGGCGUCUCGGCCUCCGUCCUCUUCGUCGGCGUCGGGUGCUUCGCCGUCGGCUACCUCCUCGCCCACCGCCGAUCCCUCUACCUCUCCGCCUCCCCCUCCCCCUCCUCGCCCUUCACUUCCGAUGACAGCGACGAAGAUGAGGAGGCGAAGGAGAAGGCGACUAAGAAGACGAGGAGCAGAAGCCUCUUCUUUUGGGCCAGGAGCGCACUCGCUAUGCCCGUCCCCUCGGCGACGUCUAGGGAGCCCAGGGGCUCUAAGCCGAAGAAGAAGCAGAAGCCCCCUCCCCUGGAGAUCGAAACCCUAGCCGAAAUCCUCGAGGACUUCAAAAUGGUAUUGGUCGUUAGGAACGAUUUGAAGAUGGGGAAGGGGAAGAUCGGCGCGCAAUGCAGCCAUGCAACACUGGGUUUGUAUAAGAAACUCUACCAGAGGGCGCCGAAAUCAUUGAGAAGGUGGGAGAUGUGUGGGCAAGUUAAGGUGGUGGUUAAAAUAGAAAGCGAGGAAGAAAUGCUUGUUUUACAAGAGAGAGCAAAGUCAUUAAGGUUACCGACUCACAUAACAAUUGAUGCGGGAAGAACACAGAUUGCACCAAACUCUAGGACGGUCAUGGCUAUUCUUGGACCAGCCGAUUUGGUUGAUGAUGUAACAGGCGGUUUGAAACUUUUAUAGUCUCUGCUGAUUCAAUUCUAUUUAUAAGGUCAAAGGAAUCUUCAGUUUCUGCUAAUUAUUUCAACCGUUCAGAAUGCUGUGGCCGGAAAGGAGAUCCCUCUUCGCUGUCGGCGCCUUCUGACUUGAUCAGAUGGUGUGAAUCUGCAAAAACACCUGCUCCUAAUCUUCCGCCCUCGCGUGCUUUGUCUGAGUAUAUCCGUUGUGUGGAUUUAAUUCAAACUGAACUCGGAGCGCCUUCCAUAUUAUUCAAUUCUCUUAAUGGGAUAUUAAUGAAACAAAUUGAUCUUUUUUUCCUAUCUCUCUUUCACGCUGACAUUUCUGAAGGAAAGAGAUGUUCGAUAGUUUGUGACGGAACUGAAAAUUGUAUGUAGAUCACAAAGUUUUAUGUUAGGACUAGUGAACGUGCACAGUAAGGGAAUGCUAUAUGCACAAGUGUACUCGAGUUCAUGUGCGAGCGUGUGCUCAUGCUCGCACCUGCGUGUGCGCAUUGAAUAUCCCAACACUUGGCGCGAAGACGAGGAGAUUGUAGGUAAAAUAUGUUGCUCUAUUAAAUUAUGGAUAAUAAGAUCUUUGAAGAUGUAGAAA